CCACCCCACUACCCCCUCAACAAUAAUAACCCACCCGCUUUGAGCAUCCAUCUGCCUCUCUUUGAGAAGAAGCCUCUCUUUGACAGUCGCUUGCAAGCAGCAAACGUGUUUUCCCCAAAGGAUUUAACAUCCGGUAAAACCCAGGAGGCAGCGAGUUUAGACCACAUCUAUAAACCAGUCGACAGGUUGCUGUUUUGCAAAUCAACUCCCCCAAAAUGUGGAAAAGUGAGAAGAAAACGGGUUCGGCUGCCAGACCAAGUUUCUCCAUUGUUCACCGAUAUAUUCAGCAUUUUAAUGAGGUGUCUGGCAGCAAGUCAGCUGCUCUCCGGAGAAGAUCUAAGACCCCUGGGGUAAUGAUCACACAGUAUGUAAUGAAUCUGCCGGAGGGAAAAAGCACCCCAGAUUUCAUAUCUAAACCAACCCCAUUAACCAUCGACGAAGGAAAAUUAGCCGUUUUUAAGGCCGUGGUGAAAGGAGACCCGAAACCAGAGGUGUCAUGGAAAAGAGCAAAGGGAAAUAUUUUAGAGAAGCAAAAAUUUCUGAGUAAAUAUGAUGAAUCAACUGGGGAGUAUAUAUUAGAGAUUCACAAUGUGACUGGUGCAGAGACAGACACGUACAAAUGCCAUGCAGUGAAUGAAUAUGGCAAAGCUGUCUGGACCACAACACUGACUGUAAAUGAGGCUUCAACAAAUCCAGCAGAUUUCAGAAAACUGCUGAAGAAGAGCAAAGUAGAGAGAGCAGAUGGAGAAAGUGAUGAAAAGUUCUGGGAUGCGAUGCUGAAUGCUGACAGAAAGGACUACGAGCGCAUCUGUUCUGAGUUCGGUGUUACAGACUUACAUUCGAUUCUCAAGAAACUUGAAGAGAAGAAGAAGGAGAGAGCACAAAAUAAGUGUAAGGAUGGUGUAAGUCCUUAUGAUGAAGAUGAAAAACUGAAAAACGAUCCUAGGAGCAUUGGGAGGACAAAGCAUUUCAGCACUAACGGCCUGAUGCAAAAUGGCACAGGCCUGUAUGAGGGGGAUGUUGACGAGAUCAACCUCCGUAAUGCAGGGCUGAAUCAAGUCGGUGCUGAAGAAUUCAACAUUCUCUCUGAAGAGUAUAAACUUUCCAAUGUGGACUUUGUUAUCAAAAUCCAGGAGACUAAAGCCAAAGAAAGAGAGGAUGCCCUGUUUGAAUGUGUUUUGACUCACCCACUAUCUAAGAUCACAUGGAUGGGAAAAGGCAGCAACCUGGAGGAUGGGGAAAAAUACAGUAUAACUGUGUCAGACCACAAGUUAAUUCAUAGGCUGCUGAUCAGGGACUGCCAGCAGCUGGACAAAGGCAUUUAUUCAGCUGUGGCUGGAAUUACAACCUGCAGUGCCUGGCUGGUUGUGGAAGCUGAGAGUAACCUUGCCGGUAAGAAGAUAGGUCGUAAAACUACGUUGGCAGGUGGAGCACGGAUUGACCUCGAGAAAGUGGCCAAAGAGCAACAAAUAAAAUAUCGACAGGAGAUGGAGAAGAUUUUAGCAUCUGUAAAAGCAAAACAUGAUGGAGGACAACUGAAAGAAAAAAUGACACUAACCACUGGUGGAGGAGACGGUAAAAACUCUGAAAUCACCGAACCGGAUAAAAAUGCUGGAGACAUAAAAGACAAAUCUGACACUGCAAAAGCCAGUGCUCAGCCAGUGGGGAGAAAAGGGAAAACAAAGAGAAAGAACUCAAAAGGAGAUGGCACAGUAUCCAAAUUAGACAAUUCAGGGUGUGUAACAAAAGCAGAUGUGCAACUGAGAGUAGAUGACCCCAAGAACAAGAAACACACCAAAUCUGGUCAAGUGGAUUUUGACAAGGUAACAGAGUCCAGUGAAGAAUAUGAUGACACAGAUGAGCUUGAAAUGUCUACCGUUAGUAGAGAUGAAAUAGUUAAAUCCAAUGGAAAUAAAAGCUCUGCUGGGUCUGUCAAGCAUCGGAAGAAAACAAAGAAGGUCCAUUGGAAAGAACAAACAUCUGCCAAUGGAUAUCAUUUAAUGGGACAUUUUGUAUCAAAUGAUACUACAUUGCAGGACUGUUCAGAUUUUACUGAAAAUCCCCUAUAUAGAGCUGAAUGUGUAUUACCUCCAUUCUGUGGCUCUAACAAAAAUCCAAAAGAACUAGAAAGUGACACUGAAUCAAGUGAAAGUGAUGAAGAUGAGGCCUCUCUUGGACAGGUUAAGCAUCUAAAAUGUUCAAAACGAGGCCAAAAACCAAAGGAUGCAGUCAGUGGUAAGAGAUAUCCAAAUGAACUAGAAAGUGACAGUGAACCAAGUGAAAGUGACAAGGAUGAGGACUCUACUGGACAGGUCAAGCAUCAAAAACGUUCAAAACAGAACAGGAAGCCAAAGGAUGCAGUCGGUGGGGAAAGUAAAUGUCCUAAAGACAACAGCACAUGCGACGAGACUGAGGAUGUCACCGGCUCUUCCAGACAUACGAAGCGUAAAAGACAAGGAUCACUGAUAGAAGACUUGGUGACUGAUCCAGGCGUACAGUUCAUCUGGGGUUUGUCUGAUGUCAGUGCCAUCAUCAAUGAGACGGCUGAGUUGACAUGCAAGCUCAGCAGUGAACACUGUGAGGGAGUCUGGUUCAGAGACAACAAAAAGAUAUCCCCAGAUGACCAUUUCUCGAUCGCUAAAGAUGGUCCAAUCCAUAAAUUAGUCAUAACCAAGUGUGUGGAUGAGCACUCUGGGAAAUAUCGUUUUGAGGCGGAUGGUCGUAAAACAGAGGCGAUGAUCAACGUCAAAGAUCCCCCCAGGUUUCACCCUGAAGAUCUCAAUGAUUUCACUGAGCCUGUGAUAAUUAAAGUGGGGCAUAACGCCAUCUUCAAACUGCAUUUUGUUGGCUUCAAACCCAUAAAAAUCAAAUGGUACAGAGAAGGAGAGGAACUCCAUGAUGAUACCAAUACAAAAAUAGAAAAAUGUGAGAGUCGCAGCCUCCUGCUGCUGAGCAGGUGUCAGAGGAAAGACACGGGAGAGAUCAAGAUAAAGCUCAAGAACGAACAUGGCUUCACUGAGGCUGUAUCGCAGCUCAUUGUGCUCGACAAACCGACUUCCCCCCUGGGUCCUGCAGAGGUGACUGAGAGCUCAGCUGCAGGUAUUGAGUUUAAGUGGCGGCCUCCAAAGGAUGACGGCGGCUCACCAGUCAUUAACUAUAUAAUGGAGCGACAGCAGGUGGGACGAAACACUUGGAAGAAAAUCGGGGAAAUCCCAGGUGUACCGUGCUACCGUGACACAGACGUGGACCGUGGACGGAAAUAUUGUUACCGCAUCCGGGCAGUGACAGCAGAGGGAACAAGUGAAGUGAUGGAGACUGAUGAAAUGCAGGCUGGAACACUUGCUUUUCCAGGCCCUCCAGCACCUCCGAAGGUGGUCAGUGCCUUUGAUGACUGCAUAAACCUUUCAUGGGCUGCACCGAGCAACACAGGCGGUUCCCGUAUUCUGGGCUAUAUUUUGGAGAAACGCAAGAAGGGGAGUAACCUCUGGACUGUUGUCAAUGCCAUGGAUGAACUAAUAAAAGAAAAGAAGUAUGCCGUGAAGGAUGUUGUGGAAGGUAUGGAAUAUGAAUUCAGAGUUACUGCAAUAAACCUCUCAGGACCUGGUGAAUCUAGCAAUCCUUCAGAGUUUGUUUUUGCAAGAGAUCCAAAAAAGCCUCCUGGUAAAGUUACAGGCCUGAAGGUUACAGAAACUUCUUACAGCCACUUUGUCCUGACUUGGACCAAACCCGAGGAAAAACCAGAGAUACAGGAUGAAGCUAGAGGAUAUUUUGUUGAAAUUCGGCAGGCAGAUUGCCUUGAAUGGUCCCGCUGUAACAGCAGCCCCAUCAUCAUGACUUCCUACAGUGUGAAAGGCCUUAAGUCCAUGGACAUGUACUGGGUGAGAGUGAUUGCGACUAAUGAUGGAGGGGAGAGUGUCCCUGAGGAGCUGUCCAACUAUGUCCUCGCAAUGCCCUCACCUGUGAGGCCAAAAUUCACCAACAACAAGAUGAAGACUUUCAUAGUGGUGAGGGCUGGAAACUCUGUCAGGAUCACAGUAAACUUCGAGGCCUCACCGCGGCCAGAUAUUAUGUGGCUGAAGGACAACAUACCAGUGACAAAGCGGGUUACAAUCAGUAACUCCGAUGGCUCAUCCCAGCUGCUGAUUCCCUCUUCUGAGCGUUCUGAUUCAGGAAUCUACUCCAUUUUGGUGAAAAAUCUUGUGGGACAGGAGACAUUUAGUACAGAAGUCAGGGUCACAGAUGAUCCAAAGCCUCCUGGACCAGUACAACUGGAGGAGAAUGUGCCAGAAACUGUGACAGUGAUCUGGGAACCUUCUCCUGAUGAGAAGCGUGAUGAUCGUCUCCACUACACAGUGUCCAAACUGGACUCGACUAAACGUACAUGGUCCACGGUGGCUGACAGACUCUUCAAUAACAAAUUUACAGUGUGCAACAUAAUGCACGGGAGGGAAUAUCACUUCAGAGUCUAUGCCAAAAAUGACAUGGGCAUAUCUGCACCCUCGGAGUCACCGACCUGGGGGAUGGAGAAGAAAAAAUCGAAGUUUGUGAUAAAUGCACCAACCAGGAGGGACUGUGAUUUGCGAUGUGCCCCAAGCUUUAUUGUACCGUUGAAGCUUCACAGUGCACCCAAAGGUUAUGAAUGCCACAUGAGCUGUGCGGUGAAGGGAAACCCGACGCCUCGCAUCACAUGGUAUCGAAAUCACGUCAGUCUAAACACAAAUACCAACUAUUACACCUCCAACACCUGUGGAGUUUGCUCCAUGUUGAUCCUCCGUGUGGGUCCCAAAGACAUGGGAGAGUACACCAUCACUGCAGAGAACAGCUUAGGACGAGCUGAAUGCUCCACCGUCCUCAGUGUCCAAGAGUGAAGAAACAUGGAGCGCCUCCUUAUUUUACGAGCAAUGUUUAUUUUAAAGAUGAGCCUUCAAAUAAAGGAUGAUUGAAGUGACUGUGCUGCUUGGAACCUGCUGCACUGUGCUUUUAUUGGACUGCUACUGAGAUUAAAAUAAAUCAAGUUCACUAUUAAAACACUGCA